AUGCCCGUGUCUCCCGGGGGUACUCUUGCCCCCGCCGCUAUAGUUCGGCUUCGCAGCGCCGCGUCGACCUUCCAGAAGCUUCCUCUCGGCUUCCUUCCCCCUGGCGGACCAGGCGCCGCGGUUGUCUCUGCGGCGACCCGCUUUAUCGCCCGCUUCGGCAAGCGGGACGGGCCUAAGAAGGUCCGGAAACCCCGGAAGGCGACCAGGAAAGUGCGCGUGGUCGGAGACGGCGAUGUUGAGGGGGAAGAUGAUGCGGAGGAGGAGGCGGAAGAGACAGAGGAAGAGGCGACUCGUUUCAGUGUGGUUGGCCGGCAGGUCAGCAUUGUGAGAGGACAAGGAGCCGCUUUUUCCUUAUCCACGUCUGGAUUAGGAGCAGGAUUAGGAGGAGGGGCGACAGGCGCAGGGACAGGGGCAGGAGCAGGUGCAGGUGCAGGAGGAGCCAUGGCGAACCUUUUCGUGAAUCUCCAUCCUCGUCUGCUUCUUGCGUGCCGAUCGAAGCUGCUCGAUAUAGGAACGCGCCUGUUCGCGCCCUCCUCCUCCCCCUCGACCCCGCUCUCUAUAAUCACCCUCCGUUCCGCGCUUCCGACACCGGCGGGGCCCUCCGGGCCGCGCCCCUUCCGCGGGGCAGCGGGGCUGCGCCCGCACGGGCCUGCCGGAAGCACCCACGCGCAUGGCGGAAGCGGAGGUGGUUACCACCAGCACCCCCGCGGCCCUUCGUCUGCUCGGUCCGGCACUCCUCGAGCCUCGGGAACAGGAGGUUUGGAAGCUACUUUGGACGAUGAGAAGCUGGGUAGGCCUGGAGCGGCGGCUGCUGCGGAGGCUGCGGCAGCAGCCGUGGCAGCGUCUGCGAGGAGCUUCGCUGAGGCCAGCGUCCCCCUGGCCAUUGGCGCUUUGGGCGGGGACUUCAGCAGGAGGAGGCCUGCGCGCACAGUGUCCAAGUUCCACCACGGGCGAGUGGGCGCACACUCGGGCAACCACAGCGCCGCUGCUGAAGCCGUGGAGAGUCCGCGGGUGAAGCGGGGAGGGCGGGGAGGGGCGGGCGACUGGGCGAAGCUGGUGAGCACCACGAUUGCAGUGCUGGGCCGCCACGGCCAGGUGGACGCCGCUCGCCGCGUCUUUGACCGCGCCCGCGCCUUUGGAGUGCCGCCCAACGUCUACGCCUUCUCCGCGCUCAUCAGCGCCUAUGGGCGCAGUGGGCGCAGCACGGAUGCACUGGCGCUGCUGCGCAGCAUGAGGGACGCAGGGUGCCUCCCCAACCUGGUCACGUACAACGCAGCCAUUGACGCGUGCGCCAAGGCGGGCGGCGCUGCUGGCGCGGGCGAGGCGGAGGUGGCACGCGCAUGGGCGCUGGUGCACGAGAUGAAGGAGCUUGGCAUCGCACCUGACCGGGUGGCGCGCGCAUGGGCGCUGGUGCACGAGAUGAAGGAGCUUUGCAUCGCACCUGACCGGGUGGCGCGCGCAUGGGCGCUGGUGCACGAGAUGAAGGAGCUUGGCAUCGCACCUGACCGGGUGGCGCGCGCAUGGGCGCUGGUGCACGAGAUGAAGGAGCUUUGCAUCGCACCUGACCGGGUGGCACGCGCAUGGGCGCUGGUGCACGAGAUGAAGGAGCUUGGCAUCGCACCUGACCGGGUGGCGCGCGCAUGGGCGCUGGUGCACGAGAUGAAGGAGCUUGGCAUCGCACCUGAUUGGGUGAGAGGGCGGGUGGGCGGAUGGGGGAUGGGUGCGGGUAUGUAUGCAGGCCCCAUUCUUGGACCCCAGAUAACGUACAACUCGCUCAUGGCGGUGUGCAGCAGGGCAGGGCAGUGGCAGGAGGCGCUACGAGUGUUCGAACUAAUGGGACAAGAAGCCUGUGCCGCUGCCACUAAUGCUGCUGCUGCUGCUACUGCGGGCAGUGCUGAUUCCACUGCUUCUGCUUCUGCUCCUGCUCCUGCUGCUGCAGCAGCGGCAGCGGGUUCCCGGGGCGGGAGGAAGGAGCAGCAGGGGCAGAGCGGGAGGCGGCGGGGGAAGGAGGGGGGCGAGGAGGCGGGGGCGGUGGCGUUGGUGCGGGACAUAUUCACCUUCAACACGCUCAUCGACGCGCUCUGCAAGGCGUCCCAGAUGGACGCUGCUGCUGCUGCCUUUGCCUCCAUGGCCCAGUCGGACGUCACGCCCAACGUGGUGACGUUCAGCACGAUGAUAGACGGGUAUCGCAAGGGGAACGACCUGUCGAGCGCCAUCAACAUGUUCCACACCAUGCAGCACGCAGGGGUGCGCCCCGACAGGGUGACCUACAACACACUGCUGGACAUCUACGGCAAGGCGGGCCGGCUGAAUGAAGCCAUAGCUGUCGCCCGCGAGAUGGAAGCAGCGGGGUGGCGGCUGGAUGUGGUGGCACACAACGCGCUGCUGGACGCGUACGGCAAGGCGGGGCGGUGCGACGAGGUGAUGCGGCUCUUCCACGCCAUGAAGCGCCAGGGGCUCACGCCUAAUGUCCUCACGCUGUCGGCGGUUGUGACUGCCCUGUCCCGCGCGGGAAGGCACCAGGAGGCGGCCGCGCUCUUCCAGCAGUACCGCGACAUGGGGCUGCAGGUGGACGUGGUGGUGUACAGUGCGAUCAUAGACGCGCAUGGCAAGCAGGGCAAGGUGGAGGAGGCCAUGAGUGUGUUUCGCCAGAUGCUGCACGACGGUGUGCAGCCCAACGUGGUCACAUACAACUCACUCAUUGAUGCCCUCGGCCGCUCCACCCAGGUGACAGCGUCUUCACAGCCAAGCGAGGCGCGGGGCAAGGGUGGUAAGAGGAGGGAGGAGGUCGGGGGGGCAAAGACACAUGAGCAGAAUGCAGAGGAUGCGGAGGCUGCGGAGGAGGAAGAGGAGGAGGGGAGGAGGGAGGUGCGAUUGGAGGCAGCACUGCGCAUGUUCCGAGAGAUGAAGGCAGCGGGUGUUCGCCCCAACGUCGUCACCUUCUCUGCCAUGCUCUCGACCUGCAGCCGUCUCUCCAACUGGCGAGACGCGGCCCUGCUCCUUCGCGAGAUGGGGACCACGUUUGAAGCCGCUGCCGUUCCUGCCUCCACUGCCACCACCACCACCACGACUACUGCUGCCACUGCCACAGCUGCUGCAAGUGCUUGUGGCGGGUCUGCAAGCAGCAGUGAGGCGAGUGCAGGGGUGUACGUGCUUGCGGAGGCUAUGCUGCAUGGGUGCGUGCACGCGGAUGCUGGGGAGAGAGAGGAGGACGAGCGAGAGAAGGAGAGCAAGCAGCUGUUUGCAGCAGUGGCAGCGCUCGACUCCUCCACCUCCAUCGCCUUCUUCAACGCUCUCAACGACCUGCUCUGGCGAUUCAACCAGAGGGUGCAAGCGGUGAGGGUGACGCGGGGGGCGCGGCGAGUGGGGGUGUACGAGGGGGCGGUGUGGAGCAAGGCGGAGGCGCAGGAGUGGGUGUUGGACCUGCACCUCAUGUCCGUCGGUGCUGCCAUGGCCAUGCUCCACCUCUGGCUGCUCGACUUGCAGCAGCUUGUGCUCUCCUCCCACCCUGGAUCCACCUCUGCCGCUACCACCAGUGCCAACAAUGCCGCCAGCAGCAGUAGCAGCAGCGGUGCCGGUGCCGGUGCUGGUGGUGGUAACAGCAGCAACCCGCUACCCCGGCUUCUUAAUGUGCUGACAGGAUGGGGGAGGCACAGCAAGGUGGUGGGAACAAGCGUGAUCAAGGCACAGGUGGAGGCGUGCCUGUCUGCACUUGCCUCGCCCUUCCGCUCCUCUGCAUCCAACGGGGGUCGUCUCAGCGCCUCCGGCCCUGCUGUUACCCGCUGGCUGAUUGCUCUGGCGGAGAGAGGCAUGGGUAACCCGCUGGUGUUGCACGAUGAGAGGGGGCUGCAAGGGGCUUGGGUGUGA